AUGGAAGCAAUGCUCCAGCAAUCCCGGGCCAUGUGCCCCUUCCUCAAACGCACUGCGCCCACGACGCUUCGCACUCUCUCGACCGCGACUCGUCCCAGCACUGGCGGAGGUACCAUGUCCAACCUCCAGGUCAUCGCCCGCCGCUGCCCGGUCAUGAGCAAGGCCCUCACCGUGCAGUCUGCCCGUAUGAGUGGCACCAAGUGUUUCACCUCCUCUGCCGUCGGCAUUGCGGCCGUCAAGCCUUUGUGUCCUCCCACUGGCAAGCGGGCGUUGCACACGACCGGGGGUCAUCCCGCCAGUCUCGCCCCUGGCACCUACGAGAAGAGCGAGCAAGUUCAUCCCAACCUUGCCAACCCGCUCCGCUCGAACCCCGCCACCGGGGCCUCCCUCCGCAGCGCCCGCCCGGACGCCCCAAUCAGCUCCCGCUUCGACUACAACGCAUUCUAUAAUGGCGAGCUGGAGAAGAAGCACAAGGACAAGUCAUACCGCUACUUCAAUAACAUCAACCGUCUUGCCAAGGAGUUCCCCCGUGCCCACACUGCCUCUAUCGAGGAGCGUGUGACCGUCUGGUGCUCCAAUGACUACCUGGGCAUGGGCCGCAACCCGCAGGUCCUGGAGUCGAUGCACCGCACUUUAGACACCUAUGGUGCUGGUGCCGGUGGUACGCGCAAUAUCUCCGGUCACAACAAGCACGCUGUCGCGCUAGAGGACACUUUGGCCAAGCUGCACGGAAAGGAGUCUGCGCUGGUUUUCAGCUCGUGCUUCGUGGCCAACGACGCGACGCUGGCGACCCUUGGCAGCAAGAUGCCUGACUGCGUGAUUCUGUCCGACAGUCUCAACCACGCGUCCAUGAUUCAGGGCAUUCGCCACUCCGGUGCGAAGAAGAUGGUCUUCAAGCACAACGACAUGCAAGACCUGGAAGCCAAGCUCGCAUCCCUUCCUCUUAAUACUCCCAAGAUUAUUGCAUUUGAGUCCGUCUAUAGCAUGUGCGGAUCUAUUGCGCCUAUUGAGGCGAUCUGUGAUCUCGCCGACAAAUAUGGUGCCAUUACUUUCUUAGACGAAGUCCACGCCGUGGGAAUGUAUGGUCCCCACGGUGCUGGUGUCGCCGAGCAUCUCGACUAUGAUGCCUACGCCUCGCAGGACACGGCCAACCCCCAGAGCAUUAAGGGCACGGUCAUGGACCGCAUUGAUAUCAUCACCGGUACCCUGGGCAAGGCGUACGGCUGUGUUGGUGGCUACAUCGCCGCCUCCGCCAGCCUGGUGGACACUAUCCGCUCGCUGGCUCCAGGAUUCAUCUUCACCACUUCGCUGCCGCCCGCGACAAUGGCCGGUGCCGAUGCCGCCAUCCAGUACCAGGCCCAGCAGCCCCGCGACCGAGUCCUCCAGCAGCUGCACACCCGCGCAGUCAAGUCGGCCCUGAAGGAGCUGGACAUCCCUGUCAUCCCGAACCCCUCGCACAUUGUCCCUCUCUUGGUCGGCGAUGCCGAGCUGGCUAAGCGCGCUUCGGACAAGCUCCUCGAGGAGCACGGCAUCUACGUGCAGGCCAUCAACUACCCCACCGUUCCCCGCGGCGAGGAGCGUCUGCGCAUCACCCCCACUCCAGGCCACGUCAAGCCGCUGCGCGACCACCUCGUGCAGGCCGUACAGGCAGUCUGGAAUGACCUGGGCAUCAAGCGCACCAGCGACUGGCAGAGCAUCGGCGGAUUCGUCGGUGUCGGCGUUGAAGGCGCCGAGGAAGCGAAUCAGCCCAUCUGGGAGAAUUCCCAGCUUGGAGUGGACGCUUUCGAACCCCUUGAGUCCUCUAUCGCCCGCGAACUCAGCGCCGAGGCUGCCGAAAGUGCAGCUCUCCCCGCGAUGAAGACUGCUACUCCUCUGGGCAGUGCGCACUCCGCGAUCGCCUCCACUCCCGUUGGCGUGGUCGCGUAA